AUGAAGGGUGGUCUUGAAGCAAAAAUGUUCAAUGCCUUGAAGAAUGAAUUCUGUCCAACAAGGUUGGAGGUUAAGAAUACCUCUUGCGAUCAUACUGGACACAGAAUAAUAGAGCAAGAGGAGGGCUUGGAAACGCAUUUUCAUGUCAGAGUAAGGUCUGCCAUGUUCAACGGAAUGAAAUUCACAGAUAGACACAGACUUGUUUACAAGACAUUGGAGUUUGCUUUUAGCUUGGGACUCCACGCUAUUGAAAUUGACUGUGAUUCAGAUAGCCAGGAAUGA